AUGGGCUUAAAACCAUCAAAGAAGAAACUCUCCAAGGAAGACAUGCAAUUCCUCAAAAAACACACCCAUUUUACCGAGAGACAGAUCAAAAUAUGGUAUCAAGGAUUUAUGAAAGACUGUCCGAAAGGUCUUCUAACUAAAUCAAAACUGAUGGAAGUCUAUUCGGACCUCUUCCGACAAGGGAACCCCGAGGCGUUUUGUGAUCAUGUGUUUCGAACAUUUGAUCACGACAACAGUGGCCAUAUCGAUUUCAAAGAAUUUAUGUUGGCCAUUAGUGUGACUUCGGCGAAAGACCCAAAGGAAAAGCUAACCUGGGCCUUCACGAUGUACGAUAAGAAUAAAGAUGGAACGAUUGAGAAGAGUGAAAUGGUGGACAUCAUUACGGCAAUUUAUGAGAUGCUGGGGUGUUCGGAUUCGCAGGAACCCCCCGAAGAGCGCACAGAAAAGAUCUUUAAAAAAAUGGACGUUAACAAUGAUGGUGUGUUGUCCAGGGAAGAAUUCAUUAGUGGUUGUCUUGACGACGAUGACCUGCGCCAAAUGUUGACAGUAGACGCCAUCUGUGCCCCAUGA